AUGGCGAGCUCGUGGAAGAAAACGAAGCUAGGGGGGAUCUCCCGCGUCCUCGCUUCCAAGGUUAGGCGGGGGGUCGGCGACUCCCCACUCGUCGUCAAGGCGGGGUUCCCCACAUCGGUCGCCGAUCUCGUCGUGAAGAGCCGCGCCAGGCUGAGGCGGCCGCCGCGGUGGAUGCGGCGCAAGGUCGCUGUAGACGGCGAGGUCGGAGGCUUUGUGAUGGCGGAGGCCUCCGUCGCCAGUUCGCCGUCUGGGCCUGGCGGAUCGGCGGAAGCGGUGGAGCAGAAGAGGAGCAAGGUUGGGGUUUCAGACGGCGGCGCACGGUCGCCGUCGGCCUCGGGCGAAUCGCCGAAAGAAGAGCCUCCGGCAGCGCCAAUCGGAGCCUUCCGGAGCGUUUCUGGAUCGGAGGCGCCGAGAAAUGUGAUCCGCGAGGACGUCCCGCGGCUGAGAUCGAGAUUUUCUGUUUCGGUUGAGCUUCGAGAUGAGGUCCCUCAGGCUACUCUCCGGAAGAAGGUGCCAGAAGAAGAAGGUCCAGGUAGUUCUCCCCUAGAGGCGGAAUGGAGACCUGAGGGCUCGGCUUUCGUGGCUUCUGCCGAAAGGAAGUUUCGCGACGGAGGGAGCGGAAGAGGGCUGGAGAUGGCUGCGAAAAUUGGUUUCUCCCUGCUCAUCCUGGCCUUGGGCACAAAAAAGAUCGCUAUCGGCGUCUCGAUUUCCGCGUUCAUCGUCUUGGUCCUCGAGUCGCUUGGGAGGCGCUUGAUUCCACUCCUGAGAUCCCGCGGGGAGUUGAAGAAGAAACACAGCAGCCCCGGUGGAGGGCCUGCUUUGGAGAUCCUCCGAUCGGCCGGGGUAUUUGAUUUGAGCGGCAACCGGCGCAUCCCUGCGGAGAACUUGACAGUAUCGAGCGAAUUUGAUUCAGCUCUAAUUCCUCUUCCGGCAAUAGAAGCGGAGGAUCGUCUUCAAGCUAAUGGCAUCCCGGAGCAACAGAAGCCAGAUAACGCGAACAGGAAGGCGAGGAAGCUACUGAGGAAGCUGGUGCCGAAGAAGCUGCGCGUGGCCAAGAGCGAGAUGGAAGGGAAGCUCGGAACUAAGGCUGACGCUGCGUCAGACUCCAGCAGCAGAGGAGCGUCAGGCCAGAAGGCCAUAGAAGGGAAAAUCCUUGAGGAAAAAGAAGAAGAAGAAGAAGAUGAAGAAGAAGAAGAAGAAGAAGAAGCAGAUGUUGGUGUUGGGAGUGAAGAUGAAGAAGGCGAGAUUGUUCCUUGUUCUGGAGUUUCUCCUGAGGCUGAUGAUGCAGCUUUUCCUUCAGAAAUGGCGGUUCCGUUGACAAAUCAGAGCUUGAGGCACCAUGUUCUGCUGCUCAUCGUUUUAUUCGGACUAGUUGGAGGGCGGUUCGCCGCCAUGGUGAUUACGGUCGCGCUGUAUUCUCUGGCUACGUGGGCCAGGAGAUUGUUUAAGAACCGGAAGAUGCGUCAAAACCAGUCCGCAUGA